AUGGGUAGCUUAAAUGUUAAUCGGAAUGUCAGCGAUGCAUUCUAUCGAUAUAAAAUGCCUAGACUUAUGGCUAAAGUCGAAGGCAAGGGUAAUGGCAUCAAAACCGUAAUUGUCAAUAUGGCUGAAGUAGCUAAAGCUAUUGGAAGACCGGCUACAUAUCCAACUAAGUUCUUUGGCUGUGAAUUAGGUGCACAAACUCAAUUUGACUUUAAACAUGAUAGAUUUAUUGUAAAUGGAGCUCAUGAUGCUGGUAAACUUCAAGAUCUUUUGGAUGGUUUUAUUCGGAAGUAUGUAUUAUGUCCAGAGUGUGAUAAUCCUGAAACUGAAUUGAUGAUCAGUACUAGAAAGGGAACAAUACAUCAAGGUUGUAAAGCUUGUGGUUAUUAUGGUUCUUUGGAAUCUAAUCAUAAACUGAAUGCUUACAUAUUGAAGAAUCCACCAAAUUUAAAUCCAGCAGCUCAAGGAUCAUCUUUAACUGAAGGAAAACGUAACAAGCGUUCUAAGAAUGGUGGCAAAAACGGUGAAGGAGGCAGGUCUAGUUCUCCAGAAGACAACAAUUCAGAAUUGAUUGUUGAAGCUCCAGGAAAAUUAGCUGAAGACGACAGUAAUGAUAAUUGGGCUGUUGAUGUAUCUGAAGCGGCAGUUAGAGCUCGUAUGCAAGAUUUAACUGACGGAGCUAAAGGAUUAACCAUUGAUGAAGAUACAGAUAAGACUGAAAAAGAAAGAAUGGAUAUAUUUUACAACAAGGUUCAAAAAGCACGUGAUUCCGGUUUAAUUUCAGAUUCAGUUACAAUCAAAGAAAUUGUGGCUGAAGCUGAGCGUUUAGAAGUAAAGAGCAAAGCUACAUUAGUGUUAGCUGAACUAUUGUUUGAUGAUAAAAUCCAUUUGCAGUUGAAAAAACAUCGUGUCUUGUUUUUACGUUUUUGUCAUGAGGAUCAAAAGGCUCAAAGAUAUUUAUUGGGAGGAAUAGAACAAGUGAUUGGACUCCAUAAAAGUAGUUUGUUGCCAAAAGUUUCUGCUAUACUAAAGUUAUUCUACGAUGCCGACAUUUUGGAGGAGGCUGUAUUAUUAGACUGGGCUAGUAAGAUUAGCAAGAAAUAUGUCUCCAAAGAACUUAGCCAGGAAAUACAUAACUAUGCUAAUCAGUUCAUUACAUGGUUACGUGAAGCUGAAGAAGAAGAGGAGAGCGGAGAUGACAGUGAUGAUGAUGUAGAGAUUGAAUAUAAUGACCGUGUGCAUACUAGCACAUUAAAAGCAAAACCCGUACUGCCAGUUGCUGUCAAAUCCAAUGCUGAUGAUAAUGAAGAUGAUGUUGAUAUUGAUGCCAUCUAA